AUGAGCGGAGACCAAAGAUUGGAGAUCGAUCCAUUGAUCAAUGAUACAGACUCUACAUAUGGGGAUGAAUUGUCCUCUUACACAUCUUCGAUAACCUCAAGUGUUGUCGAUUAUCCGGAAGAAAAUGGCAGGCGAUACCAUGCUUUUCGCGAAGGCCGAUAUCUUAUCCCGAAUGAUGACAAGGAGAGUGACCGGCUUGACCUUUUGCAUGCAAUGUUUCACAAACUGCUUGAAGGAAAGCUCUUUCUUGCGCCUAUUGGGAAUUCCCCCGUAAGAGUAAUUGAUAUUUGCACUGGAACUGGAGUAUGGGCUAUGGAGUUUGCUGACCGUUUUCCUUCGGCCGAGGUAAUUGGGAACGACCUGAGUCCUAUUCAACCAUCGUUCGUUCCUCCAAACGUCAAGUUUGUGGUUGACGAUGUCGAAGCCGAAUGGGCGUAUGAAACAUCUCCAUUUGACUAUAUUCAUGCCCGGUUCCUUGAGGUAUCAAUCAAGGAUAUGCCGAGACUUAUCAGUCAAGCUUAUAGUUCGUUAUCGUCUGGGGGAUGGUUCGAGUAUCAAGGUUGGGACACAAGGCUAUACUCCGCGGAUGGCACCACGAAAGGCACCUCCGUCGAACGUUAUAAUAGUAUAGUCCUAGAUACCUUCGCCAAGGGUGGGUAUUAUAUUCGCGUUGAACCAGAAAAAAUGGAGAAAUGGUUCCGAGAUGCCGGGUUUCAAAAUUUUCACAUCAAAAAGUUCCUUCUUCCUCUCGGCACCUGGCCCAAGGAUAAGAGAUAUAAAACUAUUGGCGCUUAUAAUCUUCUCCAAGCUGAAGAGGGUCUCGAAUCAAUGGGGCUGGCGGUACUGACUAGACUUGCGGGCUGGACACCGGAGGAAGUUCAAAUUUUAAUCAGUCAAUCAAGGUCGGACAUGAGAAGCCCAAGAGUUCAUUCCACUUUUGACUUGUAUGCCCUCCCACAUUUUCCUCAAUUCUAA